AUGAAUAAAUUAUUCAUUACAAUUGUUUUUAGUAUACUUGCAUCGAUUAUUUGUAGUUGUGCUGCUGCAACUACACCAAUCAUAUAUGUAAGCAACGAUUCAGUUAAUAAUAGUACAACAUGUGGAGGUGAUCAGACAGCUGAAAAUGCAUGCUCGGAUAUUCAGAGUGCUCUGGCUUCAUUCCAAGCAUCGUCGGGUCCAAUGACCAAUGGAAGUAGUUUGACGAUCAGUAUGUCACCGGGUAGAUACUUUGGAGAGAUGAAUGCAAAUCUAAAGGUGUACAAUCAAACCGUCUUUAUCACAUGUACAGAGGCUGCAACUGGAGGCCACACAACCAUCGACUUGACCAACGUGACAUCAUACUUUUUAGAGAUUGAUUCUUCGCUCGUUGAUAACCCCAAUCCCACUGACACGACCACACUGACUGUUUCUAGUGUCCACUUUACCAAUUUAAACAUAUCGAAACCAUCUACACCACUCACCGGUAUCGUUACAUCCGACUCUAUGCCAUCCAAUGUUGACGUCACUUUUAAUGAAUGUACAUUCAACAAUAUUUCGACACCUCAAGAAGGAACGAUCGUCAGAAUCACCCGUUUGGGUGGUACGCAGUCGCUCAACAUUAAUUCGUGUGUGUUUACCAACGUCGUGUCAAUCGGUGCCGACAUGUUCCACGUCGCUCAUAUCACGGUCAAUAUCAACGACACGUUGAUCGAGUAUUGUCAGGGUGUUUGGAUAAUCAACCAAAUCUAUGGUGAAUUACAUAUUAGCAACUCGCAAUUUGAAAAUAAUGUGUUUGAGCAGGCCCUCAUCUUCCAAAACAUGGUCAAGAGUCUGGGCAACACCAACUCGAUCACCAACUCGACCUUCUCCAACAACCAAUGUUUUAAUAGAAGUUUGAUCGUUGCAAGCGAGUCGAACCUCGUCCUUUCGACAUCCACAUUCCAGGGAUCGGUCAAUACCAGUGCCAUCCAAAUCGGACAACACAGUGAUGUCUUGAUCAACCAGACACUAUUCACUGACAACAACAACACCAUCGCCGGUCAGGUUGGUGGACAAGUUGUCGUUGUCGAUGAUUCCAACGUCAAUAUCACCAGUUGCACAUUUAGCAAAAAUAUCGGUGUUAGCGGCUCGGCCAUUUCAGUAUUGGCAUCUGAUCCAUUCAACACUGUCAUCAUCAUUGACACUUUGUUUACCAACAACACUGCAUUGGAUUUCGGUGGUGCCAUCUAUACCAAAAUGUCAGCCGUCUCUGUCAACGCAUCACAAUUCAUUGGCAAUAAGGCAUACAGUGCUGCAGGUGCCAUUUACUCGGUCAGCUACUCCAAUGUCACUUUAAGCAAUGUCAAUAUGACCGAUAAUAUUGGUCAGGGAGGUGCUAUUGUUUGCGGGUCUUACUCGUCGGUUAUAAUUAACGAUGUACAGUCUUCAGGCAACUUUGAUACCACCAACAACAUUCAAAAGUCAACUUUGGUCACUUGUCUCAGUGGUAGUGGAGGUUGCACAGUAUCAGGUACUUCAUCUGAUGGUAUGUGUCCAGCCAACCACGAUUCAUCUUCAGACCGUCCCCGUCGCGGUUUAACAUCUGGUCAAAUUGCAGGUAUUGUCAUUGGUGUACUAGUAGGCGUUGCCAUUCUAGUUUGUGUCAUCUAUAUCUUUUUGUUAUAUAUACAUGUAACAAGUAGAAUGUUAAGUAAUGAAGUUUUUAAAAUAGUUGCUCAAGUAUCAUCUAAAAUUGAUUAUAUAGAUAAACAAAAUAUAGACAAUUUAGAUAAUGAAUCAUAUAAAUUAUUAGAUCAAUUGACAGAAACAUUAUUACAUUUUGAUACACCUUUGAAACAAUGUCUGAGAUAUCGAGGGUACACUCUGACAGAGACCGAGUGUUGUAGUUUGAUGGAUAUAUUGAUCGAUUUGAAUAAUCGGUUGUAUAGAUUCUUUACAUCACACCAAAUCAUAGUCGGUGCAAUGCAAUUGACACUGUUUGUCAGUCUCAAGGCAUUUGGUGAAGUCAAAGACAAUGUCAAACGAAACUAUUAUUUCACUGUUGUAAUACCACCUUUAAUAUUUAAAUUUAAACAUAUCUCUGGUAAUUCAAGUAUUAGAUUAGAUAAAAUAGUUGAUCAUUUAAAUUUAACAUUGAUUGAUGAACAAUUGGAAACAUUUAAAUUGGAUACAAAGAAUGGACAUGAAGAAUAUUUAAAGGAUAGAGAUGCAAGAAUUUCUGGGUGUUUGGGUGCGUGGAUUGAAAAUGUGAUGCAGGGGAGACUGGUGUUGUUGUCAUUGACGAGUAUUAAUGAUGUGGUUACUUUUUACGCGAUCAAUGCACUCAAAGAACACGAGGCAGAUCAUGUCAAAGAGAUUCUGCAUAUACACUUUACAAAGGCGUUUAUUGAUCGUCUCUAUGCACUGUAUAGGCAUAUAGACGGACCGAUCAUAGACAACUCGGUCAAGAUUGUGGCGUCGGCGGUGCUGUCGUCGUCCAUUUGCACGUCGAUACGAAAUCUCGAGUGUCCGGCAACCUUUUUGCCCAUGCCAGAGACACGUGAUUUCAUAGGCGUGUUGAUGCAGCAUGGUCGACUACUCGAACAAGAGCACGAGGACGUGGUGUUUGACUCGUUGCUGAUGCUGUCGAAUUUGACGAGUGACGCGACCGAUAAAGACGAGUAUUUGGAGAUUGCAGUGGAGUUGGGGUUGGUGCAGCUCGUAUGUGAUUUGACUCUACAACCGCUGUUUUCGCACGACGGUACGACUCGUGAACUGUCAGAAUUCUUGAAACCAAUUCACUUUAAUAAUAAUAAUAUUAAUAAUAAUAAUAAUGAUUCAACUAUGGAUACAACAGAAACAAUGACACCAACAACAGAGAUUAAGAAUCCAUUAUCAAAAACAAAUUAUAAAUGUUUGUUUAUGAUUGUAGAGUUGAUAUGUGUUCAACUACAAGGUACUGAAGGUUGGCAGCCAUAUGUUUUAGAGUUUAUAAACAAAGGUUUGUUACAAGCUUUCCUCUCUGCCAUUGUAUUUGAACCACUUGCUCCGUCCGCCAUCAUUGCCAAUUGGUCUUCUUUCUUCAUGUCGCUGAUCAAUGGUCCUGACCCAGUUGAAAAUCUGUUUUACAAGAAGCAUUUCCUCGACCUUAAUAUUGUCGCUUAUCUACAGAAAUUGUCUCCCAUCUUUUCUAAUAUUUAUUGGGAUUUAUGUGAUGUCGAGGAUUACCAAUAA